CAUGGACUCCGUGCCCGUGCCCACAACCUGUAUAACUAGGUUUUCUACUAGAAACUGAAAUACUUCUAAAAGAACGUUUCUACUGUUGGAAACUGAAAUAUUUUACGACUUUUACAACUUCUACUCCUAAUGUAUAUCAUAUAUACUUCUUCUAUAUGAUAUACAUUCUAGAAGUGGUUGUCCAAUUUAGGUAGAAACAAAUCAUGACUGCCCCAUCCUCGUCUUGGCUAGAAGAACAGACGAGGCGGAAAUGCUGCCGUUGUUACCGCAUUUGUGCUGACGUAUCGUGGCGCGUACAACGUGAUAAAGAAGUCGCUGAAAAACGAGAUUUUAGUAAGCUUCCGCAAGCACAAGUUGCUUUUACAAGUGGUGCGACUGCGACUUCAUCGACGUGGUCAUCGUCGUCCACCACGGCAGUUGUAGCGAAUGGGGGUGGAUGUUGUAGUCAUCGUGCGAAUAAAGGAGGUGCAAAUUCUGCAGCUGGAGGAGGGGCUAGUAGCAACGUAGUGGAUGCAACAACAAGAGCUGCAUCGGAGUUAUCAUCUACUCCUUCCUCCUCGUGCAGUACCCUUGUCGCUCGACCGAGCAUGCACUAUUUUGGCCAAGUCCUCUACCCCAGUGCAGUCGAGAAAAUCCGAAACCCGCAUGGUCGUGAGAAUUGUCCGCACGGUCCCGUCUGCGUGCAGUGCAUAAAAGAGCUCGGAAGACAGACCUUGCCUUGCUGUCCGCUAUGUCUCGGCUUCGUGCACGCUUGGGCGUCGCUAGAGAAAGGUACUGCUAGAAGAUUUCGUGCAUCAUUGGACGACCCCUUAGCGGUAGUAGAGGAAGAAGCAUCACUACGACAAAUGUGGGAGGAGGAAAGAAAGUUCUCAUUCCUCCUUGAAAAUUAUAAUUUUCGGGUACUAGUAGAAAAGCUACAACAGGAACGACAGGCUUCAUCUGGUAUGCAAGUAGUAGAAAAGCAAGAAGCCUUAAGACAAGCUCCUACUUCUCAAGAUCAACUUCAAGUAGAACUAGUGAAUAACCAUCAACAGCUACUACGAGAAUACGGCAUCAACUGCGAAACUGCUCUCGACUAUAUGAUCCAACAACAAAGAGAAAGAAUAGAACAGGAGGAGCUUUUUGGUUUAGCACAUUAAGAUCUCAUCAACAUGAUAUCGCAGAUCAUCUACUUGCUCCCCUACAAGAACUUUUUCAUCUUCGUCACGAACAACAACAUCUUCAUGAACAGGUUUACUGCUUCCGCGCUUACCGCCAGAUAUAGCAGAUCAGAUAGCAGGCGCUACUUCUACUUCAGAACAAGCUGCGGCUGGUAAAGACGAUAGGUCUAUUGCAGCGAAAGCAGGCGCUCACGAUGCAGGCAACGACGGCGAAGGCAAUCUCACGGCAUCCCUGAGGGAUAGAAGUAGUACUAGAACAAGUUGUACUAGAAGUACAAGUAGUGAUGAAACUACUAAAAGUAGCAAAACUACAUCAAACAACGACAAGGAAGAUUCGAAAGCGAAUACCUUCUACUUUGUGCUCGCCAAAACCGCGACGGAACGUCUUCAAAUAUCGCAUUCAAAGCUGCAAUUGCGCUAUCAACUUGCCUUCCAGCCAGCAGAAGAUAUCAGAUGGCCAGCUCCCAUAGAUGAAUCUACAGUGCAGAAAGUCAAAGGCGCAAGGUCGUACUGUGGCGUGCCGGUUUUGGUCAUAUCAGCACAGAAGGCGUGCAGUUCUGGUGCUACGUGAACUCUUGCUAAAGUAGACCGCUUACAACGACGAAUGCAACAUCCCACGAUGGGCUCAGGAGGUCGUCAAAAAGCGCGAGGACAUGUACUACUAUCAGUGGAUUUGCACGAACACAGAAGUUUGAAGAAACACAAAUGUGUAGUACUACGCACAGUUCGAAAUCGAGGUGCACCCAAAGCCUCGCCUUCCAAAGCAACACUGUAUGUUCCAACGAAUGUUGAUGCUUGCGUCCUCACACACAUCAAUUUUAGCUGUGAUGUGGAUCACCGACUAAAAAACAUUUGUUGCCAGAUUCGCUAUGUAUUCUGAUGCCCCCUCGCAAAGAAUUCGCGACAGGAAAUCAUUGUUCUUUUUUUGAUAUAUGUCCAUUUCUACAAGGAAGAACAAGAAUCUAAAUUUCAACGCUCGUCUGUUGCGCGCCGUCGAAAUGGACAAAAUUAGAAUCGAUUUUGACUUUGACACUAAAAUACAAAUAGGUAAAAGGAAUUCUAAUCCUGCUCUAGGAUUUCCAAAGACGUCAAAUCAGAAAUGAAGCGGACGAAGUUUGCGCGCCAUCUCAAGUUUCUCAGCUCUGCGCACUGG